UGUCCUUCCUGGGGCAGCGCGCAUCUCCGCCUCCUUCCUUUAAAAACAAAUAGAACGUUUUUAUUUUUUUUAUGGUUCCGCGCCGCCCUUUUUAUUUACCAUAUUAGCAAUUAGCUAGCUAACAACUAUUUGUUUUCCCGUGAUUUAUACGCGCUUUUGAGAUAAUCAACGCCACCGCUGAGGUCCACGAAGGAUUUCAAAGUGACCAUGGAAGAGGUGCAGAACAGCAAUGGCGCUGAGACACAGACUGUCACCAUCCCCACCACCAUCACAGCCUCCCAGAUCUCACAGAUAGCCCAACAGAUGUCUCUGGGGGGCUCUCCUGUGACUGUGGUCCAGCUCCCUGGAGGUCAGUUCCAGGUGCAGGGGGUGAUCCAGUCGGCCCAGUCGUCGGUCAUCCAGUCCCCACAUUUGCAGACUGUUCAGGGCCAGGGCUCAGACAGUGAUGACUCCCAGGACUCCUCAGACAGUGGAGCCUCUGCCCAGAAGACCAGAGAGAUACUGGCCAGACGGCCCUCCUACAGGAAGAUCCUCAAUGAGCUGUCUGCUGAGGAGGUGGCGUCACGGAAUGAGGGAGAGGAUGAAAACCCUGCUUCCUCUGGCAUGACUUCAGUGACAAUGCCCAACACCCAGACAAUCUACCAGACCAGUAGCGGCCAGUACAUUACCAUCGCCCCUAAUGGCGCCAUCCAGCUGGCCAGCCCGGGGUCAGAGGGCCUCCAGGGGUUACAGACUCUUACCAUGACCAACUCAGGCCAACAACAGGGCACCACCAUCCUACAGUACGCUCAGACGCCCGACGGACAGCAGAUACUUGUGCCCAGCAACCAGGUGGUCGUACAGAGUGAGUAUGGCUUCAUGACUCACGAUGCAGGAGGAGAGAUGCAGACGUACCAGAUCCGCACGGCGCCCACAGCGCAACAGACCGUGGUCAUGACUUCCCCUGUAGGAAUAUCUGAGCAGAAGAGUGGCGACCCCACCAUGAAGAGAGAGAUCCGCCUCGCCAAGAACAGGGAAGCGGCCCGUGAGUGUCGCCGGAAAAAGAAGCAAUACGUCAAAUGUCUGGAGAACCGCGUGGCGGUGCUGGAGAACCAGAACAAGACUCUCAUUGAGGAACUCAAGACGUUAAAGGACCUGUACUGUGUCAAAACAGGAUAACCAGGAGGAAGAGAAGCCAGCCAGCGUACAGGACUUUUAACGGCAGCGAGCGGCUCAGCUCUGCCACAUGGACAAUGCGAGGUUAACCGGGAACACCUUUCAUUUCAGACCUGAAAUCCUCCUCAGUUUUUAUUUUAUACUCUCUUUUAACAAACAUGUCGCGAGUGGUGGCUAUGGGAACUGUCCCAUUUUAAAAGACAAUGAAAGGGUGUGAAAGAGGUUGGCUGUUUUUCAUUGUCUUUUUAUUGAGCUAACAAAUGGAUUACUAACGCUUAAAUUUGUAUUUGUGUAUAUUUUGUGAGCACACGGGAGCUUUAUCAUUGACAUUCAAUUUCCAAUUGUGUCCCUCUUUUCCAGAAUCGGCUCCUUAUUUUCCUUUUUGUGUGUGUAGCAGUAGGAUCAAUUUGCUGUUUUUAACAUCUAACCAUUUGCAGCUGAAUUGAUUGUAUGAUGACUUCAUGAUGUGAUUUCAUGUAUCUUUUAUGUGAACCAGCUAUUUCCACCCCCACCCCCCCUUCUUUCCCCCAUGAGGAAAUGUUACAAGUCCCAUUCCUUACCCCUGUCCAGAGGGAUGUAAGGGGUAUUAGAUAAGACAACAUUGUGUAAGGCGGACUUUGCUGUUACUAAGACAAUCUAUCAGGGAGAACACACAAUUGCAGGGUAAUAUUUAUUUUCUAUUUCUGGAGGGGGUGUGAGCGAAUCAAACAAAAAGAGGGAAAGCAAUGUCACUCAUUCUGUAAGUAAAUUUAAAUACAUAUUUUUCCAGUCUUUA